AUGCGUGUUAUCUAUUUAGUCAGUUUACUCUUACUUGAAGAAGUAUAUAUGUGGCCAGAUGCACCAUGCCGAACACCACCACCGGCAGCUAAUUACACUCUAGAACAGUACACUGGUCGAUGGUUUGAAAUCGGUAAGAUUCAAACAACCGGCGGCGCUUUCUUUGAAAAAGACUGUGUCUGUACUCAUAUUGAUGUUGGUCAGAGUCGAAAAGAUCCAUCCGAAACCAUUGUUUCAAAUAUUUGCAACAAGAAAACAUUCGACGGCAAACGGAUUAUCGCCAAUGGAACGUUAACAAGCAAUCGACAACCAUCCGAUGGUCGUUAUAACGAAACUAUCUUUCCUGCUCCUUUACCCGUUGCCUACAACAUCAUUGUACUACAAACAAAUGACUUCAGCGUAGAGUAUGACUGUGUUGUAGAAUUUGGCAUUGCGAAUUAUUGUGUACACAUUCUAUCACGGCGACCGACACUUAAUGAAACCAUUGUGGAAAAUCUAUUGAAGCUUGCUGAACAAUACGAUUUGAAUCCGAAAAAACUGAAGUUUACACGGACAAAUCAAACGAAUUGUACUUAUACGUAG